ACUGAGUACCGUGCGUGCAGUGCUGAAAAUUCCCUCCUGACUAGAUCGCCCUUUUCUGUAAUUUCUAUGGGCUCUCAGCUACAUUCAAAGGAUCCUGGGAGACCCUCAAUCCACGCAAUGGAGGCAGUGACCCUGGAGGACGUAACAGUGACCUUCACCAAGGAGGAGUGGGCUCUGCUGAAUCCAUCACAGAAGAAGCUCUACAGAGAUGUGAUGUGGGAAACACUGAGGAAUAUAAAUGCUGUAGGAAGGACUUGGGACAACCAGCAAAUGGAAGAAAAAUACAAAAAUUGCUCAAGAAAUCGAAGAAAUGAAGAGGUAGCAGAGUGCUGUCAAUAUAAAACUUGGAAUCAACAAGAAAGCCUAUUCCUUUGGACGGCAAAUUCUAAUGUGGACAUUCAAGAAGCUGCUUUGAAGCUUGAUUAUAGAGAACCCUUGAUUAGGCAUUUAUUAUUAACCGUACCCAUCUUACCUCACCCUGGAGAGAAACCACAUGAGUAUAUGGGAUUUAAUGACAAGCUGAGUAAUUGUAAUGAAUGUGGAAAAACCUGCAGUGAUUUCCAGUUCUUUGCGAAACAUGCAACAACAAAGACUGGAGAGAAAAUCUAUGAAAAUGAGCAGUGUGUGAAAGCCUACUCUGAACCUGAUGAAAGAACUAACCCUAUAAUGAAGACCAUUAUUGGUCAGAAAAGCAUGAAAGCUUCCACCACCUACAGGGGUUUUCAUGAGAGAUUUCACACUAGGAAGACACCAUAUAUAUACAAGCAGUAUGGAAAAACCUUCAAUACUCAAAGUUUUAAAACUCAUGAAAGGAAUCAUAUGGAGGAUAAACCCUAUGUAUGUAAGCAAUGUGGAAAUGGAUUUGCAUGUAUGUUUGCAUUUCAAAAACAUAGACGAAUCCACACUGGUCAGAAACCCUAUGUAUGUAAGCAAUGUGGGUCAUCAUUCACAAGAUACAGUCAAUAUCAAAGUCAUGAAACUACUCACAAUGGGGAAAAACCAUAUGUAUGUAAACACUGUGGAAAAGCCUUUGCCAAACUCAGUUAUUAUCAAAUACAUGAAAGAAAUCACACUGGGGAGAAACCUUAUGUGUGCAAACAAUGUGGAAAAGCAUUCACUACAAAGAAUUAUUCUAUAAUACAUGAAAAAAUCCACACAGGGGAGAAACCUUAUGUGUGCAAGCAAUGUGGGAAGGCAUUCGUUACACAGCAGUAUUGUCAAAUACAUGAAAGAACUCACACUGGGGAGAAACCCUAUGUGUGCAAUCAAUGUGGAAAAGCAUUCACUAUAAGAAGUAAUUAUAAAAGACAUGAAAGAACCCACACUGGGGAGAAACCUUAUGUGUGCAAGCAGUGUGGGAAAGCAUUCACUACAAAGCAUUACUACAAACUACAUGAAAACUUUCAUGCAGGGGAAAAACCUUACGUGUGCAAGCAAUGUGGAAAGGCAUUCACUAUACACCAAUCUUAUCAAAGACAUGAAAGAACUCACUCUGGAGAGAAGCCUUAUGUUUGCAAGCAAUGUGGAAAAGCAUUUACUACAAAGACUUAUUCUGACAUACAUGAAAAAAUUCACACAGGUGAGAAACUUUAUGUGUGCAAGCAGUGUGGGAAGGCAUUCACUACACACCAAUCUUGUCAAAGACAUGAAACAAGUCACACAGUGGAGAAACCUUAUGUCAGCAAGCAAUGUGGAAAGGCAUUCACUGCAAAGAGUUCUUACAAAAUGCGUGACAGAACUCACAAAGAUGAAAACCCCUUUCCGCGUGGCAUGUGAAAAAUUUUAUUAGGUCUAGAUUUUAUAGACACAGACCCCAACUGGGGAGGAACCCUAUGUAGAUAAGCAAUGUAGGGAAUCAUUCACUGAAUCUAUUUUUUUUUUUUUAUCAACUCCAUGAAAUAAAUCACUGGAGAGUGACGCUACAUAUGCAAUCAUACUUUUUAAAGCCUGUGAAAAUUCCUCCUGUAGUGGAGACUUGUACACAUAUAAAUGAAAAAUUUGAUGUCAAGAUUUUCGUAGGUUAUCUAGAACGUACAUUCCCAGAGGAUCUAGAAUGUAUUCUUUUUGUGUUUUUUUAUUAAAUCAUGUGUAAAUGACUGGACUGUGUAUCUGUAGUCUUUACCAGAAACAGUAUUGACAUAAUAUAUUUUCACAUAAGCCAUUGUCUUUGAACUUAAUAUAUAAUAUCUUCUAAUAAAAGAAGGUGAAAUAAAAUGUAUUUCUCACUGCCAGUAGAUUGACCCAACUUUUGUAAGUAGGGGCAGUGUUUAUGUGGUUUUGAUUUUUGUUUUGCAUUAAUAUGGGGAGAUAUAAAUGGUUAAAAAAUUUUAUUGCUAGUUUUGUAAUUAAGAUAACCACUAACUUGGAUGAUAAUUUUCUUUGUGUACACAUUUCAUAUUCUGUGUACAAAAAGACAAUUUUGAAUUGAGUGUUGUAUAUGUAAAUUUAUGCAUAUUGAGAAACAUGAACAUGUAUUUUUUAGAAGCUUCUUUGUUUACAUACAAAUUGUAGAUUAGAAAAUUUUUUAUAUCCUAACUAGAUACGUGCAUAU